AUGGAAGCCGUCGAGGCAGUUCAAGUGACCUGCGACAUCCUUCUCGAGCCCUACCAUUCGCCUUUCUCCCCACCCCAGUUUCCCCAAAACGCUGAGUUCCCCCUCACGCCCUUCGACGUGGCCACCUACAACUGCCAUAUCUGCAUCCUCUACGCCUUCCGGCCGCCGAUGCCGGACAACGCCGCCCUGCGGGAGGGACUCGCACGAGCCCUCGUUUACUUUCCUCACCUUGCCGGAAGGUUCGACUCUGACGAGUAUGGCUACCCAAAAGUUGUUCUAAACGACGCCGGCAUCCGCCUCAAGGAGGCCAUAGCACCGUCCACGCUGGAGGAACACCUGCCCUUCGAUCCCUCCGCGAGCUUUCUAACAUUGCAUCCACACCCAGCUGAGGGGGUUGAGGUGCUCCUCCAAAUUCAGCUCACCCGCUUCUCCUGCGGCGGUCUCACCUUGGGUAUCACCGUCCACCACCACAUAGCGGACGGCUCCUCCCUUUGCCAUUUCCUCCUCACUUGGGCGAAACUGGUACAGGGCCGCGAUGUGGGCACUAUGCCUUUCUUCGGCUGGAGCUCCGUCUGUGCUCCUAGGAUCCCGGCUAGGGUGGAGUUUGACCACCUCGGCGUCGAGUUCAGGCCCAAGAGUGGAGCCACCCGGCCUCGGACGAACGUCGGAAUUAACCUGUCUAAGAUGUGUAACCAGUCCUUCCACUUCUCCAACGAGUUCAUCGGCAAGCUCAAGGCCAUUGUCAACGGCGGCGACCCCGGUCAACGAGUGACCACGUUCUUGAGCGUCCUCACCCAUAUAUGGAAGAAGAUAACCUUUGUCCGCAGGCUUCCUGACAACGAGAUGACCCAGGUCAGACUUACUGUAAACGGCCGGCCGAGAAUUAAGCCCCCCGUGCCGCCGGAGUACUACGGCAACCUUGUCCUCUGGGCCCAUCCCAAACUUACGGUCGGAGAGGUACUCCGGUCGAGCUACUCCCACGUGGCACAGGUGAUCCGCGAGGCCAUCGUAAAGGUGGACGACGGCUACUUCAGGUCGUUCAUGGACUUCGGAGAGCAACUUAAGGGGAAGGGAGGUGCAGAGAUCGUUGUGACCCUCCCUGAGGUUGGCGACUUUCUAAACCCCAAUAUCGAGAUCAGUAGCUGGUUGAGCCUCCAAUUCCACCAGCUGGAUUUUGGCGGCGGAGUCCCAGCAGCCCUCUUGACCCCAGGGCUCCCGGUGGAGGGGUUAAUGAUGCUUGUUCCAUCAUGCGGAGAAGGCGGCGGCGUUGACUUACAUCUCUGUCUUGAGAAGAGCCAGGCAGCCAACAUGAGGCAGGUCAUGCAUUCCCUCGACUGA